GUGUACAAGUCGAACCAGCGGCAUACAGAAGCGACGACACAUUGAUUCCCCCACGUUACCGUCGCCUGCGAGAAGGCAAAAGCCAAAGACAACUUUUGCUCCAGGUAGUAGUGGUGAGACGGCGUCUCCCUUCGUAUCGCCUUUCCUCGUCGAGACCUUCUUUGAACAGUUUACCCGAGCCGAAAGUUGUAGUUCACUUUGCUUCGCGGUCCGAGUAAUUGUGCGAUAAUCGAUGAUCCAGGGAGUGCGUUUUUCACAUCUAACAAUCAGGAUGCCAAGUUCGUCGAACCGCAGGAUCGUAAUAACCGCUCUUCUCGUCGCCGCGGUGGCGUUGCCAAUGAAGAAUGUGACGGCUAACUCCACAACGGGGUUGAACCUGGCGGAAACAAUGUUUUCGGUUGGCGAUGAAGAUGAAUCGUCGCCGGUAGAUGAGGAUGCAGAAUUCAAAGAUCGGUACCGAAGACUGAUACCGUACAUGACAUUUUACGUCUCGAACAACAACGUGAACCAGCAAUCGCAAUCGCAGUCGUCGACUCCCUACAAGGGAAUGAUGAGAAUUUCACCAAAUGUGCAAAGAAGACCGGUACCUCCAGCUUCUCACCUGCGAUACAACAAUUAUGGAACAAGAAACAACCACCCGAAGGGGGUUGGAAACGGCGUAAAACAGACCCAACAGUACUACGUGAGUCCGCCGACAGUUCCUCAUGAAAAAUUCAUACCGUCUGUCCAAUAUGACCCGAAAGACACCCAUAACGAGGAGUACUUUACGCCUGUGCGAUACACCCAGAGUCCCAAUAUUGAAGACUACCAAUCGUCCCACUACCAGAGGCCCAGUUACCUGACACCGAGACCGACGACAUCCUCGUCGACUCUACGCGUCAACGAACAUCAGCACCAACAGCGACCGCUUCAGUUGUACUUCACAACGCACAGACCAACCACGAUGAAAUUCACACCUGCUGGAUCGUACGCCGAGAUCUUGGUCAGGAAGGAGUCGCUGCCUAAACGACCCACUCAGAGACCGCCUUACGUCAAGUAUGACCAAGGAGAAACGAUAAAUUAUCCUGGGGCUGAAUUCGAACCUCAGCGAUACGUCAGACCGCAGCCCUUCAGACUCCCGGAACAAGCUUCGGCAUCUUUGCAGUCUUCUCACUUUACUUCUUCUGCUCAUCAGCUUGGCCAGAGACAGCGAAAUCCGUCGACACAGGCGACCCUGAACCACAUAGUAAAAAGUCUUCAACUAACUAAUCAGCUCCCAGAGAUGUUGAACGCGGAUAAUAUUGACGAGAGUAUUAAAACCCUUGUGGAAAUACUUAGUCUGUUGAACAAUGGAAGGAAGUACGAGCUGCCGCACUCUCAGCAAAAUUCAGGGUCUGUUUUGCCGGUUGUCGACUCCUCUCCGAAGUACGUUCAGGAGUAUCAAGACGCUUACGAAGUUGCUCAGGCCAGGCCCGAGCCCUCUACAAAGAGGCCGUUCAAACCGACUCGAAUCAGACCAAUCGUAGUUCAAGAUAACACGAGGCCAUCUAACGGACCCUAUCACGUCAAUGUGAUCGACAUUAUAGGGAGAAAAUACUUACCGACAAUUUUGCCGGAGAAUCAGAAAGAGGCUACCGGACUCUCGGAGCGACCGCGAAUCGUUGAAACCACAACGUCGCAAGGGUAUAAAAUAAAUGAAGAAACUCCUGGAGAUCCUCCGGUGGACGACAAUGUCGCAGUGACGAUCUUUCCUCUGACAACCGAAGAACCUGCGGCACAAAAUUAUCCACCACCCGACGGAGCCUCGUCUCAUGUUCAAAAUUUUCCACCGACGCCACUGAAAUACGGAGCAACCAGAGGUAAACCUAAUGUCGAUUACCCUGCAUACGCUACGAUACCAAAAACAGGAUUCAGCUGCUCGACCCAACGGUAUAAAGGCUUCUUCGGAGACCCCGACACGGGGUGUCAAGUCUGGCAUUACUGCGACUUGAACGGUGGAAUGUCCUCUUUCUUGUGUCCAAACGGUACGAUCUUUAGUCAGGUAGCUCUGACUUGCGACUGGUGGUUCAACGUCAAAUGUGAAUCAACGGCACAGCUUUACGUGCUCAACGAACGAUUGUACAAGUACAUACUUCCAGUGAUGCCCAAGUUUCCAGAAGAUUUUAGUGGGCCGGAAGUGGAUCGAUACUUGGAAUUGAAAUUUAAAGAAAUAGAGGCAAAAAUGAAGGAGAAGAAGCUUAGAAAACAACAGAUGGACAAAAAUAAGACAAAGAACAGCACGCAGAUUGAAGACAAUAUUAAGCAAUAGAUUGAC